AUGGGGUUGAAGGUUGUGCACAGCCACCAGGUGGAGUUCGUCUUAUUAGUGGCGACAACAACGGUUAUAACAGCUUCGGAAGACAUCAAUGAUGCAAGAACAAAGAGGGAUAUUGCUUUCUUCAAGAACCUCAUCACGGGUAAAUUGUUUCAUAGUGAAGGAGUGCCGGCCGUAGUACCUGAACAAAAUUACAGACUGUUUAAGAUUCCUGGUUUUAAAAAUGUACUCGUAAAGGCCGUGCCCAAAGUAAAAGGACCUGUAGAAGAACCCUCACCAGCUGAUGAACUCAAGAUAGAAGAUGUACACCCAUCAAUAGCAUUAGUUAGUUCCUAUUUGGGUACAAAAACGCUUAACGAAACUCUAUCGGCACUGGAAGGUAUGAAAGCAUUACUCCAAUCAGGAGUGCUUAGUGCGCGAGAAGGAACUGGUUUUACCACUUAUGGUGUACCUGUUAAUAUGUCCCCAUAUUCCACUGAGACAUUAGAAGUUAUUGAUAUGGAUGGAGAUAGACCAGAUUGCAAAUUUCCGUUACUACAACAUCCUGUCCCAAUACCAUAUACACAUGGGAAUCAGCAUAGGCCUGUUAAAAUUCCUUUACCAGAUUUACCGUAUUCACCUAGGUAUUCAUACAAGCAGAUUCACGGUAACGGUAUGACCACUUAUACAUCUAAUGACGACAAAAACGUUAUUGUAACAGAAAGUAAAUAUCCUGUACCCUUACCGGAAUACUUAAAUAAUAGAUUUCAAAAUAUUUUAGCACUUGGUUUCCGACCAGCAGCAGUUGACACUGAUGAUCAUUAUUACAAAUAUUUAAAUCGAGAUGGUUCAGUUAGUAUUUUUUCUGGUUCAGGCGUAGUUGAGAAAGGUAAAAGUCAGAAACCAAUAUAUCCUUUUGAUCCUCAUCAUCAUGUAAACGUAGAGCCAUCAUUUUCUAAACAUGAUUAUUCUAACAAACAUUUACACCAAUAUAGUUUAGUUGGUUCAUAUUCUUCUGGGUCAGGAGUAGUAGAACAGGGUAAAAAUAAAAAAAAACCUUUACCAAUUUACCCUUUCCUUCAUAAACCUUUGCCAGUUAGCCAUAUUCAUGAUCCACCAAAAGUUAUAGUCGCUCCUCCUUUACCUGUAGCGCCGGUACCUAAUGAUUAUUCUUACAAACAAAUUCACGAAGAUGGAUCAGUUAGUACAUAUUCUGGGUCAGGUAUAGUAGAAGAGGGCAAAAGGCCACAUUUGCCAAUUCAUCCAUUUACCCAUAAACCUAUGCCAGUUCUCCAUUUUCCUGAUCCACCCAAAGUCAUAGUAGCUCCUCAUUUACCUGUAGCACCGGUACCAAAUGAUUAUUCUUACACACAUAUACAUGAAGAUGGUUCAGUUAGUACACAUUCUGGAUCAGGUGUGGUAGAAAAGGGAAAUAGGCCACUUAUGCCAAUUCACCCUCUCAUCCAUAAACCUACACCAGUGGUCCAUAUUCAUGAUUCACCAAAAGUAAUAGUAGCUCCUCCUUUACCUGUAGCUCCGGUACCAAACGAUUAUUCAUACACACAUAUUCACAAAGACGGUUCAGUUAGUACGUAUUCUGGGUCAGGUGUAGCAGAACAGAGUCAAAAAAUAGCUUUGCCAAUUCACCCUCUGAACACUAAACCUUUACCUGUAGUCAACAUCCAUGAUCCACCAAUAGUAUCUCCAACUUUACCUGUAAAACCAAUGUUUGUGGCCAAUGGUUAUUCUUACAAACACUCGCACCAAGACGGUUCAGUUACUAAUUAUUAUGGUUCAGGAGUAGAAGUAGAAGAGAUUAAAAGUCAAAAACUGCCCUUGCCAGUACACCCUAUCCACAUACCAUCUCCAGUAGUUAAUAUUCAUGAACUACCAAAGGUUAAAGUUCCACAUCAUCCUCACGAAUCCCCUAUUAUUACAAACGAUUAUUCUUACAAACAUGUACACCAAGAUGGUUCAGUUACAACAUACUCUGGACAAGGACAUAAAAUUGAAAAACCCGUAGUUCCCUUAGGCACUUUUGAACCAUUAACACAUCAGGUUCCUGCAUAUGAAGCACCACAUAUUAUAGAAAGCUCUUUCAUUCCAACAAAAGUACCAUCUGUACAUACUGAUUACUCAUAUAAUCAUUUACAUAAUGAUGGGACUGUAACCACAUAUUCUAAUGAAGGGAUGGUAGAAAAUAGUAAGGAAAGGCCUGCUAUUAUAGUAGAAGAAGUUAGACAUCCCGCUCCUCUACCAAGUUUCCUCGCAAACCGCAUUGAAAAUGUUGCAGCAACGGCUUACAAAGUUACCCAACCACUGGCAGUGAUUGAGGAGACAGUUUACGGUCCACCAAUACCUGUUUAUCAAGAACCUCAUCCAAUAUUAUUAGAACAGUCAUCAAGCUUCAAACCAAAGCCGUCGGCUCCGUCUUUUAAUGGAGAAGUAAACAUAAACGUGAGCGAACAUAAUAGUAAAGUUCCAUCCGCAUUUUCUUAUCAAACAGUUCAUCAAGGCGGAAUCUCGACAAAUCAUUUUGCAUCAGGAUUGACGCAAGAAAAAAAUACAAAUGAUAAUGGGAAAAUGACUCAGAACACCCAAGGCAACCAACACUAUGAUAAUGAUGCUGUAAUGCUCACCAAUAAUCUGACUGAAAUAGUUUUUAAUGCAGAAGAUUUUAGAAAUAACACUCAGAUAGGAAUUGAUUCUUCGAAAGCAGGUAAAUUUUCGUUUACAACUGUACACAGAGAUGGAUCUACCUCAACCUACUCUGGUUCUGGAGCAAAACCACAGAAUAAAUUACCAGAACACACACGAGCUCCUGCGACAAGACGAAGACUCGUUAAAAAAGUUGUUCGUCGUCCAUCUAUAAAAUCUCAAGAAAGUAAUUACAAUAAUAUAAAUGAACACAAGUCGAAUCAUCAAAUAGUUGAUGGAUUAGAAAAGAUCGAUGUUUAUACUAAAGACUCAACUCUGACAUCCAGUGAUAUAUCUUUAAGUGCAAAUCCUAUAGUUGUGUUACCAGAUGAACAUAUCUUCUCGUAUAAACAGAAUAAAGCAGGAUCCUCAAUCACUGUUUUGUCGGAUAAUAUAGAUAAUGUUUCAGUUGUAGAAGAAAACAGGACGGAUAAUCCUGAAUCGCAUAGAGGAGAUAUUCCCGACGCAUCUUAUGAAUUAUUAACGGCUCAGGCUAUGUAGUUCUUGAUAGUACCUAAGGUUAAAGAAAAAAAAUAGUCAUUAUGUAUAGAUAAGUAUUUAUUGUUAGUUGUUUUAAAGCUAAUCAUUAAUUGUAUUGUAACUAAUUUAUUAUAACAAUUAUAAAUCUUACUUUUGUAUAUAAUAAUACAUUUAUUUAUUUUGUUCAUCCCAAGCUUCUUAUUUCAUUAAAGAAUUCUUAUUCAAAUCUCAUUAUUACAACAGUUUUAAAUUCUCCUUAAACCAAUUACAACAUUUAAUGUUAAUUAAAUUUACCACCUCAUUAUAAUCUUUCUGAGAAGCUAGAUUUACAGAAUCAGCACCACUGUCAUACUUCGAUCAUUAUACAUUAAGAAUUUAUUUCGAUUUAAAGCGACAAUUGACAAAAACAGCGUCAAAAUUUCGCAUUAUUGGAAUAGGUACAACAUUUGAAAUGGUAUUAUUGAUUUAGAUCAAACAUUUAGAUCAUUCUUCUAAUCUUAAACAUUAUUUCAAUGCCAAAACACAUAGUAGGUACAAGUAUAUUUAGGUACAUUCAGUAUUAUCUAAAGAAGUCACAUUAAGUAAAAUUACAUAGAAACUCUGUCAUAAAACAUUUACAAUUCAACAAUCUUGUGUUUUUAUAAAAUUUAUUUCUGUUGUAUUGUGUGUAAUAUAAGAUAAUUUAUCCUAAAUCGUAUUUACUUUAAAUUAGUUUGGCAAUUUUUAUUUUGCUUUUAUUUACCAAUAUUAAGCCGAAUGUGGUAUAAUUACAAUUUUCAGUACAAUUUACUGGCAAUAUAACAAUUUUUACUUACUUCAGAAAACAAUACAAACGACAAGUUUUCACAAAACUUUACACAAAUUUCUUGUUACGAAGUAUAUUAUACAUACUUUCUUAAUAUUUUCAAAAUUAGAAGGUAAUUUUUAACUUAAACAAAUUAACUAAACCAAAACAACUUUCUCAAAGAAAAGUCGACUGAACAAUCCAAUUAUACAAUAAGCUUCAGUCUAGCUUUAGCUAAAAUUAUUAUUUUUAAAGUCAUUGGACUAAAUAACAUUAAUAAAAUUCAAAGUAAAAUUACCUACUUCAUUUCCUUUUGCUUUUUUAUAGUUUUACACAUGGUGAAUAGAUGGCGGUGGGGUUAGUUUCAGUUUCAUGCUUGAGUGACGUUCUGCUUUAGUAGCAUUUAUAAGACGCUGGGCUAAGCCGCGCUCCACCCGAUAGAUGGCGCUGAAUAAAGUAACAGUUUCCCGAAAGGGGUGCAAUGUAAAAGUGUGGACAUAGGAUUAUAAUGAAUGUCGAGAGAUGGCGCCACUAGUAUGUGUAGAAUGAUGUGACCCAGUUUGAAUCACACCAUUGAACAUAUAAAAGAUAUAAAUCAGUAUCUGCUAGAGUUAUUGAGACUGAGUCCUGAGUAUAGUCUGUUUCAAACGAAUUUAGACCAAAGGUAAAUAAACACUUUAACACUCAAUUCCCACGCAAUGACUCACUAAAUGCAUUUCUCAACACAUUCAUUUAAAAAAAUACCAUUAUUCAUAUUUGUAGAGUGAGUUGAAUACUGUUGAACGAAGUAACUGAAGUGAUUGCAGGUUGUUCAACAGGUGAUACUGCGAGCUCGUUAGCCGACUAAUUUAGAUAUUCAAUAAAUCACGAAAACCAAUCGUUUAAAAAGAGUUGUAUUAAGUAAUGAAAUACAGUAUACUAAUUAUCUUAAUAUAUAUAAAUCUCGUGUCACAAUGUUUGUCCUCAAUGGACUCCUAAACCACUGAACCGAUUAUAAUAAAAUUCGCACACCAUGUGCAGUUCGAUCCAACUUGAGAGAUAGGAUAGUUUAAAUCUCAAAUUAUAGUCGCAAUUUUAAUUUAUUGCAAAUUAUUACUUUUGGGCGGUACGAAGUUCGCCGAGUCAGCUAGUACUAUUAUAGUAACUAUAUUGCUAAAUACAGUUAAAAGACAGAACUCUUUUUUGAGUAAUGACGAUAAAAUAUAACUUUAACAAUUUCUAAGAAUAUGAUAUUCAAUUGAUUUUGAUAAGGCUCUAUGAAUCCCCAUCACUAAACUGUCUAUGGUCAGACUUACCUACUUCUUUGUUUACUUUUGGUCGAAAUUCGUUUGGAACAGACUAUAAUUUAGUUCAAAGAUAAAAGCACUGCCACGACAACUAAUGCCCAGCACUGGUCAGCAUUAUCAAGAGGGUUGUAAUGACCCUAUGAUGAAAAUCAACUAAAAGGAGAUUUUUCUUUAAAAAAAAGUUCAGAAGCUCAUGCUGUUACACAGGAAAAGUAUACUAUUACAACUAAAAACUGUCAAAGUCAAACGGCAGUGAGUCUUCUGUCGAUAACAGUAUCAAGGUAAAUGGCAGUGUCUUCUGUCGGUAAAAGUAUCAAGGUUAAACGGCUGUGACUCUCCUUUCGCCAAAAAGGUCUCAGAUAUAAGGUCUUAUAGUCUAAGAUUAAGGUCAAACGGCACUCUCUCUAUGUUACGUAAGCGUGCGUCCCAACAGUGGUCGGUUAGCAGCGUCUUCCGGCGGCGUUCGAUCAGCGGCGCGGGUUUGUUCAGCGUUGUAUCCUAGCAAUUCUCGCAUAAAAGGAGUCUUCUGAUGGUAACGCUAUCAGGGUAAAACGGCAGUAUGUCUUUUUUUUUUAUUCGGUAAUAAGUAAGCGCUUGACCAUAAUUCUCCUGAGGGAAACCAAUAUUAUGGUCUACGAUGGAGCGCGCUUACUUAAUAAAAACCGGUUCACUCUUGCUUUGCUUGUCUUUUGUCGAUAAAAGUAUCAAGGUCAUA